GAUCAAAAGUAGCGAGGCAAGAUGUUCUCGAACGCUUUCGCAACGGCUGCUUUGCUUGCGGCUCCGGCCACUCUAGUCCAUGCAUUGGACAAUGGCUUCGGCAGGACGCCUGUCAUGGGGUUCAAUACCUAUAAUGACGUCGGAUGUUCGCCGAAUCAAACCUAUGUUGAUGCAACAAUCCGCGCUUUUGCACAGAAGGGUUUCAAGGAUGCGGGAUACAAGUACUUCCAGGUCGAUUGUGGCUGGCAGGGCUUCCAGCGAGCAUCGAACGGCUCUCUCACAUACGAUGCGUCAACUUUCCCCAACGGCAUUGCACCUUUGAGUAAGCUUGCAAGGGAUUCGGGCUUCCAAUGGAGUAUGUACACCGACCAGGGCAAAUUUUCCUGUGAUACAAGGACUGCAGCGCAAGGAUUGAGGCCAGGCAGUCUUGGGUUCGAGAACCAAGAUGCUCUGCAAUUUGCAGGAUGGAACACGGCAUACGUGAAGGUCGACAAUUGUUACAUCGACAGUGCGGACAACAAUGCUCCUAAAGAUCCCCGCACAGACUUUCCAGAUCGAUUCGGAAAAAUGUCGACAGCAUUGCAGAACGUUGGCAUCAAAGGCAUGCUUGUGUGUCAAUGGGGCACGCCAUACGCAAGCUCGACCGGUCUGCAAGGCCCUGCUGAAUGGACACCACCGCUCGCGAAUUCGUAUCGUGUAUCCGACGACAUUACCCAAGGCUGGGCGAGCGUACUCCGUAUUCUGAACCAGGGUAUCCACGUCAACCUCAGAGGUCUCAACGCUCCAGGUAAAUUCAGUGAUAUGGAUUUGCUCGAGGUCGGUAAUCCCGGCAUGUCUACGGACGAGCAGGCUACCCACUUUGCCGUAUGGGCUUUGUUCAAGAGUGCCUUGAUGGUGUCCACACCUGUUCCAUCAAUGUCGGAUACCACAAGGAACAUCUUAUUGAACAAAGACUUGAUCGCGAUCAACCAGGAUUCUGCUGGUCAACCUGUCAAGCUCAUCCAGCGCUUCAGCAAUGAUAGGGAUGUCUAUGCCGGCCCUCUUGCCAACGGCGAUCAGGCAGUAUUGCUCGUGGACCAUUCGAACACCGUCCGAACGCUUUCCAUCGACUUCGCCAGCCUUGGUAUCCGUUCAGCAACAGUCAAGAACCUCUGGACAGGCCGCACCACAACUGGCCAAACCUCCUAUUCCGCCCAAGUCAACGCCCACGGCUCACUUCCCCUUCGUCUCAGCAACAUUGUAACACAAUCUGUUUCCGCACCUAGACUUACCUGGAUUGAAGCCGAGUCUGGCUCCUUCGCUGGAGGUGCCAACGUCCAGUCCUGCUCUGGAUGCUCUGGAGGUCAGAAAGCUGGCAACAUUGGAAAUGGAGGAGGGUCCUUAACGCUCAGCAAUGUUCGAACCAGUCAAGCAACACAGGAUUUGAGAUUUGAUUACAUCGAUUGCGAAGUCGGAUAUAUGGGCGGCUUGAACACUCGAGGCGCAAGCAUCAGCGUUAAUGGAGGGCCAGGACAAAGCGUCAUCUUCCCGUUGACAGGAUACAAUUGGGACAAGGAUGUCGCGAAGAACCAUCUGGUGAGGUUGAGUGGUUUCAGCACGACGGGAACGAAUACCAUCAAGAUCAGUGGGUUGAGUGGCAAUACUCAGUACGCUCCGGACUUUGACAGGAUUGGAGUUGUGGCUUAA